UCAGCGUUACCUCAAGCUAAUUCGCGCAACUACGUGUUCAAAGCUUAAUUCGACAGCGAGUUGGUGUUUUCCUUAAAGACAAAGUUACAUUAGCGAAGUUAGCUCAACGGCUAGCUGUAGCUAACUAGCAUCAGCGCUACCAGCUGCGCCGAGGGAGGUGCAGAAGGCCCUCUCUCGUGCUCGGGGCCUGUUUGAUAGAUGGGAGGAACUGUUGCAGGACGGGACACAGGUAAGUCGUGAUGAGCUGGACUGGAGUACCAAUGAACUGAGGAACUGUCUGAGAGCCAUAGACUGGGAUCUGGAGGACCUCAGUGAAACUAUCAAUAUUGUGGAGUCAAACCCAGGGAAGUUCAAACUGGGUGACGAUGAACUUAAAGAGAGGAGAGACUUUGUGGAGCGAACCAGGAAAUCUGUCCAGGAGAUGAAGGAUCAGUUGUCCAGCCCUUCUGCUGUGGCUCAGGCAGAGAAGAAGAACAGACAGGCUCUGCUGACUUCAUCAGGCCAGGACAGGUCAACGGGACUGGAGGCUCAUAUGGUGUCUGCAAACUCCAGAUACAUCCAGGAGCAACAGGAGCAACAACAGCUGAUCAUGCAGGAGCAGGAUGAGCAGCUGGAGUUGGUGUCAGGCAGCAUCAGAGUCCUCAAAGACAUGUCGGGACGCAUCGGGGACGAGCUUGACGAGCAGGCUGUGAUGUUGGGGGAUUUUGGAGACGAGAUGGACCAGACAUCGUCCCGUAUGGAUUCUGUCCUAAAGAAGCUGGAAAAGGUGUCUCACAUGACCAGCAGUCGGAGACAGUGGUGUGCUAUCGGCGUGCUGGUCACCAUCAUGAUCGUGGUCCUCAUCCUUUUCUUCGCUCUCUGAUGCCGGUGACCUCCUGACUAUGUUCGCCGACUCCCCCCUGUCAAGGCAGAUGGAUAGACAGAUACAGGAAGAGGGAUGGGAGAGGAAGGAGGAGAGAAACGUCCCCCUUUCUUCACACUAAGGAGAAAGUGAUGACCCGCAGAGAGAAGUUAGGAUAUAAUCCUCCUCCUCUCUGCUUUUAAUGAUUCUAAUGGGAAAAACUCCAUUGGUAUUAUGGAUUUCAUAUUGGUGCAUUUCGGUUGUUGGAAAUAAUGGUACUCAUUGGGAGGGUCAGGACAGGAGGCUGGUGAAACCUCAAUCUUGGUAGAGCUACCAGCCAAAAGGUAGUUUUUGGACACUGCUAAAUAUGGAUUUGUUAACUGCUAAAUCAAGAAAAAUGCAGUUAUUUGUGUUUUAAGCCGACAGGAGCAGCGUGGGUGGGUGGAGACGGGGUUUUUCAGUGUUGCCUUAAAUAUAUUUUUAUAUUGUGAAAUGUGCAAUAUGUUUAUGUGCCUACAUGUGAAUCAGGGUGGGAAAUGAACACCAAGCACUAGUCAUCAGUUAAAUCAGGAGAGUUAUAGUUGGCCAAGGGUCUGCAUGUUUUCUGUCCAGUCCAAUAACAGCAGCUGAUUUCACUGAUUAACACGUCAGCCAGGAAGCUAGUCACCUCUGAAAUCAGCUGCUGUGGUGUUUCUGGUCAAAACAAAAACAUGGUAGUAGGCAUGACAUGAGGCUGCCCGUCCCUGAUAUUAGAUGCUGGCUUAGCUCUGCCUCCACUUUGUCAGAAAUGUACAGAUUCCUGGGGCUCUGGCCAGCAGACAAACGGUUCAGUUCCUGCCCUGAUUGUGAUCCGUCUCUGUGGGGUGAAGUCAGGUCUGCAGCCAGCCGCCUUCGAGCCGCUGCAGGCAGUUAAGCGCACGAUUGGCUGAGGCUUUGUUACCCUCACUGGGUGAUGAGAGACAACCUUGGCUCAGAGCAAAUGGGUUUGCUUGUUUUAUUGAAAAGCUUUAGCUAAUGAGAGGACGAACAGUUGCUGGGCAGGAUGUCUCCGCACGCAGCCCAGAUUUAGGCUUACAGCUCCCUCUGCUGGAGGUUGUAGGUCACGUUAUUUCUUUGUCAUGUCUGGUAACACUGCCCACACUAGGGUGUGUUGCAGUGCUGUAUAAAUAAACUGAUGCUUUAAAUGUGUGUGUGUAAAUAGACAUGAUUCCUGUACAAAGGCUCAAUUAUAUUUUUAAUCCUGUGCAAUCCAGAUUUCUUUUCACUCGUGGUUUUUGCUUUUGUCACCCAGUUGCAGAGGAAAUUCUGAAGUAAAGAGUUACAUUCUUUUUCAAAGAGUCGGAGGUCAGAUGCCCAGGAUUUAAGGGAGGGUUGUUUCACUGUGCUGCGUUUCCUCACUGCCAGAGCUCUUUUAAUCUUAUUCUCUCAGUAGUUCAUGUGUGCUUUUACAUAUGCAAGCCCUCAUUUCUUAAAUGCUUGAGUGGGGAAAAUUAGCUGGAAAAUGGCAGCAAGUAUAAAUGAGGCACUCAUGUGGUUUCCACUCCAGCCAUGAGUCACUGUAAGAACUAUGCAUCCAAGGUAGAGGCAUCUGGAAACACUGAUUUCUAAUAUACAUCUUAUUUCUUCUGUAAAGUUAAGGCUGUUAAGUGCUUUUCUGUUUGGAUUUUACCCCAUGAUACUGUAACAUCACAUCUGUAUGGGAGAGUAUUAUAGUGAGCGCAGUCUUGUUUUGGCUUGUUUUCAGAUCUGGGUCUAAAGAGACUAAUGUGAGGAUUUCUAGUAUUUGUUUUAUCCAAAAUGGAACUGUACAUACGCUGAUUUUAUUGCAUCAAGGCAGUGAAAAACUGACAAAACUUACAUCUGAUUACACAAAUUACGCUAGUGAGUGAAAACGUAUUGAUGAUUUGCUAAAUAGCAGUCUGUCACUUUUGGGUAAAUCUUUCAAAACAUCUUACGACUCAUCUUCACCUGCCAUCCUCUCGACUUGCUUCUUUAAAAAGAAAAGCUUUAAAAACAUGUUUGUCAGUUGUUGACAUUUUGUAAAAUUAAGCAAACCUUGUUGGUUUUAAAAAGGUGGACUUGGGGAACUGACCUCUGACCGGUUAAAAACUGCUGAUUAACUACAGGAGAUGUUUAGUUUAAAGUGCCAAUGAUCAGAGUUUCAUUUAUUCUUUUUAUCUGACCAGUCAUCAACCAUAAGGAGUAGCUUUUGGCUGGAAGUUUUCCUCUUGAAUGUAAAGAGGUGAAUUUUGGGAGGAUCUGAAUGUGCAAAUAUUUUGCAAUUGUGCCCUUCAAUGCCAAACAGCAUGUGUCUGCAGUUUUACUGCCUCUACUAAAAAAAAAAAAAUUUUAAUUCACUGCUCUGCUAUUAGAUUUUUUAAGUAUUUACUUUCACACACAUGAAUAAAUGUCACGUGGCCGCUGCUUUGACAAAACCAUUACAUCUGCAUAAAAUGAAUUGAAUGAUUGUUUUCUUACUGGCACCCGGAGGUUUCUGAAAUUGUUCAGUGGGAUUUUAAGUUUCAUUAAACUUGUUCAACAUGAA